AUGCCUAAACACUUACGUUGUGAUGCUUGUGGCAAACAAGAGAAAAGUAAGUACGAUGUUCGAUGUAUCACUGAUAGUACAACCGCAGAUUAUUUAAAGAGAAUGUACUCAGUUAAUACAGAUGUACAAAAUAUAUGCGGAGCUUGUAGAAUGCAAGUAAGAAGAAAUUCUAAUAAAUUGAAAUCAAAUCCUUCAGAGAAUGCGACAUCAGUUGGCCAUCCUAAAGACUCUUCUAUUAAUCCGUUAGGUGAGGUUAAUUUUAAAAAUGAUGAGGAAACGAGUGUUAAAAAAAUCGAACUAAAAGUUGAAAGAUGUCACAAUUCACACACCAAUUGCAUUGUUUGCAAAAAUUCCAACAACAUGGUUAGAAUUUCUGCUGCAGUUCAAUGCCAAGUAUUUAUAGAAAGAGCACUUUUUAUACCUACAGGUUCAAGAUGUUGUUUCAUUCACAUAGAGAACGGUUGGUUAACGCGGGAAGCUAUAGCAGCUAUUAUAAGUAUUUCUGAUCCUUCUAUUGUAGACGACAAAGCAUUACUUAAUUUGUUAAAUAAUUUGCGUCAGAAAAUAACACGAAAAGGAAUUAAUUUUGACGACCCAAAUGCUUUACAAGACAAAGAUUAUUACCGACUGACAGGAGUGUACAAAAAGGACUUUGACAUUUUGGCCGAAUGUGUAAAAGACUCUGUAAGAACAACUAGUGGAAGAUCAUACCGCACUUGCUUAGCACUACUUUUGACAAAAUUAAGAACGGGACUUUCCAUUUCAGUAUUGUCGACUUUGUUUUGUUUAGAAAAAAGUCGUGUUUCUCGAGCUAUUACGAAAGCUCGAGAUGCACUCAUGGAAUCCUUUGUACCGAAACACUUGGGUCUUAAUCACAUCAAUCGCGAGUCUGUAAUUGAAAAUCACACAACUUCUAUGGCAGAUACUUUAUUUGGAUGUGAAGGAAAACCGUGUAUUUUAGUUGCAGAUGGAACAUAUAUAUUCAUUCAAAAAAGUGCUAACUACAAUUUCCAGAAACGUUCGUACUCUGUUCACAAGGGAAGGCCCUUAUUAAAACCUAUGAUGAUUGUUUCUACGACAGGUUACAUCGUUGAUGUAUUUGGCCCUUACUUUGCCGAUGGCAAAAAUAAUGAUGCAAACAUUUUGUCAGCUUUAAUGAAAAAAGAUUCUAGUGCACUCCGCAACUGGCUUAGCUCUGAAGAUGUCUUUGUACUUGAUAGAGGAUUUCGAGAUUGUCUGCAAUUAUUAGAGACUUUUGACUUAAUAUCGAAAAUGCCGAAUUUUCUAAAAGAAGGCUCUCAACAUACAUGGGAUCAAGCAAAUGAAUCUCGACUGGUUACUAAGAUUCGUUGGGUAGUAGAAGCAGUAAAUGGUUUGAUAAAAAAAUGGAAAGCAUUCGAUCAAACUUUUCCAAACAGUCAAGUGCCGUACAUUGGUCAGUACGUAAGAAUUAUAUGUGCAAUUUGCAAUGCUUUUAGACCGCCAAGAAUCACUAGUAAUCCGGAUGAUAUUCUAACCGCUCAAAAAAUGUUGCGUCUUGUCUCAAAGCCUAAUAUGCUUCAGCAGAGAGUUAAAGCUGAGGGUUGGGCAAGGAAGAGAGUUUGCUGGCUACCAUUAGAAAUCAACAGUGCUGUUGAUUUUCCUGUACUUACUCUGAAUGAUUUGCGAGAAAUUACACUUGGAUGCUAUCAGUUGAAACAAGCUAAAUCAUAUACAGAAGAGCAUUUAGCGGAUGACGGUUUAUAUGAACUUCAUGUACACCGCGAAGUAUCAAACAUCCUUCGUAUAAAAAUUCAAUCAAGGCACACAUCCAGUAAGCAGUAUUGCUUGUGGAUACAAAUCCACGAAACACGAAAUUUUGUCGAAGAGUGGUAUUGCCAGUGCAAAACUGGAGCUAGGACUGUUGGCUGCUGUGCCCACAUUGCAUCUGUCCUUUGGUAUUUGGGUUACUACCGACACCUCGAUCUUUCAGACUUGAAUAAACAUUCUGCUUCUAUGUACGGCCGCCACGUAAAAGAUGCAGCAGUAACUUCAGAUUCUGAAGAUCAAGAAGACGAUUACGAUUGGACAAACGCAAUUGAUUCGGAAUAA